GUGUGGGACCUGACAGCUGACGAGGCACUAAUGAGUCCACGAGACGAUGAAGGGGCUUAAAGCAGUCUGGUACAGCAGCGUGUCGUCAGCAUAGCAGCGAAUAUCCUGUUUAUCCUGGUCAGCAGCAGUCUAAGCACAGAUGGCCUGCACGUGGCAGCCUGGUCAGAUGAACCACCUCAGCUGGGUCCUUCAGACGUGGAGGACUGAGCUGCUUAUCCUGUCUCCACGCAUCAGAGGAAGCUCAUUUCUGACACUUACACCCGUCUUUCUGUGACUACCCAAAGCCUGUGGUUAUAGAUGACUGUAGGAACGUGGUUCAACGAGUAGCCGGACAGCUUCGGCUUCACUCUCAGGUCAUGGCUGUACGAGUCUGUCUGCUCAACUGUUCCCUCACCCACGAGCAGAACCCAGAGAUGCUCCCAAAUAGGCAGCUGAGGACUCGGAGGUUCUCAUUCUCAUUACAGCUGCUUCGCAUUGAGCUGCAAAACACCACAGAACAAGGCAGGACCAGAUCCUCAGACCACCCAGCCAGAAACCAUCCUGCACCUUUGUUUUAAGAAUGUGGAGCAAUAAUAAACAAGUUCCUCUGAAAGCGAGCUCUUGGAGGACGCCGUGUUUUACAGGAGAAAACGAUUACACUGCUGUCGGUCUAAGCGGAGGCAGAGACGAUGCUCAGGUCUGCAAGAACGAGCACUGAACACAGACUGAGCUCGCUGCUAUCAGACAACAGGAGGAGCAGACUGAACCUUUAAAACAUCACUGUAGUCUGUCCUGCUGUGCUUAAGUGCACGCAAAAGUAAAUAAUACUGCAAAAACUCAUGUUUAACGUAAAUAUAAUUUCAGCUGUUACAAAAGGCGUCUGCAGCUCAAGAAGGUUUCAGGAAACGGCAGAUUUAAAAAACAGAAUGAUAACAGAAAAAAAACAAGUGUAUAUUUUUGUGAGUUUUGGAUGUUCUUCAUCCUGAAACUGGAUCCAGAGUGGAGCUGACCAGGACUCCCAGCAGCUGCAACACAGCUAUCUCCGUGAGUAACGCCCUCGCCUCGUCUCUGGAGGGGGUUGGCGGAAGUGAAAGACAUGUUCCAGCUCCGCCUCCAAAGAACAGCUCAAACAGGCCACGAAUGUAUAAAUUUACGAGCUUCAUGUGUUUAUGUGCUGAGAGCACGGCACAGGGAGACGCACACCGCGCGCCACGCGGUCACUGAGCUGAAGAAGAGUGCCCCCUGUGGAGCAGGUGCAGUUUUCCCCUGCAGGUGUACGCUGAUGUAAUGCAGAGAGUGAUGAGGUCACAGGCUGUGGGCCGGUCCCGCUGCAGUGACGCGUGACAUCACAGUUUAAUCAGCCUGUAAUUCUGCACAUUAUCCCGAUACUGGACACCCCCCGCUCCCCCCACCUUUCCUAAGCUGCCAUCUGUCACAGCUGCCCGUCAUUGGCUGUGAAGGAGCCGGGUCUGCAGAUGGCGGAGCGUCCAAUUGGCUGGCAGGCUGUCUGGAGGGAGGAGGGGUAGUCGGGGAUGUCAGCUGAUUGCUAGAGAUCGGAAGUAGAGGUGGAGGAAGAAGAGGAAGAGGAGGAGCUGAGCGCAGUCUGUAAAUCCACGAUGAGCCGGCGCUGCUGCAGACAACAAGUGUUCAGAGAGGAAGAGGAGGCCGAAGGAGGAUAAAACCAGCUGUAGCACGCAGAGAGGCGGGUUUCCACGGCAACUGCCGCAGCGAGGACACACAGGUCAAAGAGAAGAUGUGCAGCUGGAGGAUGGAACUGGUACCCCAGUCCUGCCCCUCACCAAAGACUAGAUGAAUUCUAUGCUGGGCACCAACAAGUCUAAGGACCCUUUGGACUUUUAGCACAGGUCCACAGCAGGGAACACUAAAGGAAGGGCAGACAUGUCCCAGGCUGGUAAGGUCCUCCACCUGUACGUCGAGGUGAGGUCUGUUGCUGAGGAGGAAGGUAAGGUGCCGGUCCGAGGAGAUGAUGGUUGCAGUCAUCUGAUGCUUCAAUGUCCAGAUGUUCUCCCUCACUCUCAGAGGAGCUCUGCCUACUCCAGCCGUAACCCCAGUCCGGAUCUCUCUCCGAUACAGCACCACAUGGGGGGCGAGAACCACAGCUUGCCUCUCUCAAAGACCUCCUCCAGGCAGUCGGUCAACUUCCAGUUCCAGAACUCUCCCUCUGCAGGGUCGAACACACAGCUUCACCAAAAAGAUGCACUGCAUGACAGUUUUGGGCAGUUACUUGAAGUCCUUACACCGGGAAUGACCGCUCCACGCCACCACGGCUCACUUGGACACGUCAGUUCCUCAGACACGGAUCCGUACCAGAGGAGGGUGUUUAUCUCGCCAUCAUCAACAUCCUCUGGGAGGCUGACUGUGCCCUCCACACCAGUCAGCGGUCGCAGGCACUGCGAGGUCCCAGGGGUGGAGGGCGAUGAGGGGAGGAAAUCUGUGGUGUCGUUUAGCUACAUAGAGAAAGCAAACGUUCACAACACGGCCGCCCGCCGAAAUUCUCUGUCCCAAAAUGAGCCGGACAGUCCUUUCAAGGAAAUGGGAAGCGGGAAGGUGCUGCCCGCUCACCUUCGGAAGAGGCUCAGCGAUCCAAUGUCAUACAACGGUCACCUGUCACAGAGCCACGCCUGCCCAGCUCAGAGUCCAGCCCCGCGGGGCUCACCUUACCUGCAGAGAGCUGACCUGGACUCAGUGGCCAGAGGUGCCACCUACAGGGCCCCUGAGGAGUUUGGAUCUCCAGAGCUUAAGCGCAGAUUUGGAGGUCACCGAUUUGAGAACAGCAGCCCCUCCCUGCCUCGGCAUUAUCAGCCUUCUCGCUGCCGGUCCUGGGGGGGCUCACCUGACCUGCCCCGCAGCACCCUCACCCUGCCAUGGAAGACCCAGCUCAUGGAACUGGACAGGACCCUCUCCCGUAGUCCAGUGAACGGAUUACCCAGAAGUCCCGCCUCCAACCAUCUGUGUGCCCACACUAGCUACUGGUCUUACUCUGCAGAUCCAGCCACUAAACUGCACUCCAAUGGCCCGACACCGAGCAAACCCAGGCCGUGGAUGGGAGACGAGAGCCCCAGACAGUCGAGUAAAUUUCACCCACCGUUACCUGCAGGGAGACCCACAGACAUCCAGCAUGAGGUUCAAACUAGCGUAUUACCUGCCAGCACUUCCUGCACACCUGGGACCACUCCUCACUGUGCUAAUAACACCUAUAAUGUUAACACUACCAACACCAGCCAAAAAGCCACAGACGGGCUAGGCAGCAGCUCAAGCAAUAAACUGAAUUUAACCAGCAGGAGUCCCUACAGGUUGUCCCGCUGCAGCAGCAGAGCGAGUGAUGCAGCCAGCGAUGUCAGCGGCAGGAGGAGUGCCUCCCCAUCCUCAAACCUCGAUGUGGCUUCCAAGUUAGCUCUGGAGGCCAGCAGACUUUCCAGCAUUUUUGCAGAGAGACGAACUCCGUCUCCGACUCCUCCUGAGUCUUUCCGGCCCGAGAGUCCCAAGACUGCACGGCCAUCCCUGAAAGAAUCACAACCGUACGCCACCCUUUAUGGACGGAGCUCCCCUGAGACUUUACAGGUGGAUGCCUGGAACCACAGUCAAAAAAAUGACAAGGCAGUACCUCACACUAAACCAGGACGAAUUUCCCCUGUCUCGUCACAGAAAGGCCUCUCCUCACCAGCAUCUCCAGCCAUGCCUGCUAGAUUGUACUGUGCAGCUGCCUCUCAGUCACCUGAACUGGACCCACGGCAGAAACGGAACGCAUCAUCGAGUAAGGACACGUCCUCCCUGCACCGCUACCAGCCGCCACAGUACACCGGAGACCGCAGGUCACCCGGCAUGGAGCGCAGGCAGUACGAUCACCUGUCUGAGAGAUCACCCAGAGACAGCCCUGAAAUCACCAGGAAACCUCUCUCCAGACCGAACGUGGAAGCUUUGCCUGUGAGCUGGACCUCCAGGCAGCAGGAGUGGAUGGAGGACAGGAGCGAACUCAAAGAAAACUACAGUCAGGCACCUCCCAGAGUUUACGUUUCACACAAAGACGAGAGUCGUGAAAAGGAUGGAGGCGAAAAAGGGGUGAAGACAUCGGGGCAGGAGCAGCAGAGGCUGGGUGUGGGCAUGACCAAGGAUCAGACAGAGGAGGUCCAGGACCACAGCGGCGGUGCCGGGCCGUCCUCUCAGAGCUCCAGUGGAGUGACGGGGAGCCUGAGGGACAGUCUGUCCCCGGAGACCUCGAGCCAGUCGAGCCACGAUACAGCAGACGGUGGCUCGGGGAUGCAGUCAGACGUCGGAUCAGCGACAGCUCUGUCCUCCAGGUCGCAGAAGAUCGCCCAGGCCAAGUGGGAGUUCCUGUUCGGAAGCCAGAAGAGCUGCUGCAGUAAAGACGCUCCGUCCACGACGCCUCCAACCAGCAGCUCGCCCAGUCCAACCCCACCCUCUUCCCUCCAUCUAAAACCAGGCAAUCAGAGGAGGGGGCGGGAAACCGAGGGACAAAAGCUGUCUCAUCACGAGGUGCGGCAGAUCGAGGUGGAACUGGUGACCACCGACCCUCGAGGCUCCACCCCCAAGACUGGCAUCAUCCGGCGAACCCUCAAAUACUCGGAGACGGACCUGGACGCCGUGCCUCUGCGCUGCUACCGUGAGACCGACCUGGACGAGGUAAUGCGGGCGGAGGCAGCCGAGGAGGCGGACUCGGCCUUCGGAAGUAACCGCAGUGUCCUCGGAAACUCCAACUUCAACCCCGCCGACCCCUCCCCAAAACCUCACCCAGGUGGAAGGAAGGAGGUUGAUGGGGAGGAGGAGGAGGAAGACGAGGAAGAUGAGGAAGAAGGAGGAGUGGUGAGCUGGGCCAGCGUCAGGAUGCAGGGAGACCAACAGAGACAGAGAGCCAUGAAGGAGGAGGAGGUGCUCAGCCUGCUGCUGAAGGGGUCGCCGGAGUCCUCCGACACCCACGGCGGCCUCAAGUCUCCGAUCUCCAUCGGCAGCCCCCGCCGACCCUCCGACAGCAACCUGGACUCCUUCAGCCGCCACUUCGAGAGCAUCAUGGAGUCCCACCGAGCCAAGGGCACGUCAUACAGCAGCCUGGACAGCGUGGACCUGCUGACCUCGGGAUCCACAUCCGUGUUCACCUUCGACCUGCCCACCCUCACGCCGGAGAUCCAGAGUCAGAUCUGUGAGAGCGCCAAGCAGAUUAUCGAGCUCAGCUUCGCCCCGCUGGCCCGUCCGGACCCGUCCGCCGCCUCUGAAACGUCUCGCUCCGAACUUGCCCUCAGCGCCUCGGGGGCGGGGCUCCGAGGAGGCUCCAAGGAUGACGGCGGCCCUCCGGUCAGGUCCAAGUCGGAGAGAGACUCGUGGCGUCGCUCCAUCCUCAAAGACGGCUUCAGGAAGGCGAGCUCGACGCCAGCACUCCACAGCAGCAUCAGGGAGCGUCCCUUGAAUCGACCGCCAGAGCUGCUCUACCCGCAGGCCGAUGUGGCGGAGCGCCUGGCGCUCGGCGGCAGCGACGACGCACUGGCCAACGGCAUGAAGCCCGACCUGCAGGCGGCUAAACGUCUCGCCAAACGCCUCUACAACCUGGAGGGCUUCAGGAAGUCUGACGUCGCUCGCCAGCUCGGCAAGAAUAACGAGUUCAGUCAGAUGGUGGCGGAGGAAUAUCUCACCAACUUUGACUUCACGGGUCUGACCAUCGACCAGGCGCUCAGGACGUUUCUGAGGCAGUUUGCUCUGAUGGGGGAAACUCAGGAGAGAGAGAGAGUCCUCGCUCAUUUCUCCAGGAGGUACAGACAGUGCAACUCAGAGAGCCUGACCAGCGAAGACAGCGUCCACACUCUGACCUGUGCCAUCAUGCUGCUGAACACGGACCUGCAUGGAAACAACGUGGGCAAGAGGAUGUCCUGCAGCCAGUUCAUCUCCAACCUGGAAGGACUCAACAACGGAAAAGAUUUUCCCAAAGAUCUGCUCAAGACGCUGUACAGCUCCAUCAAGAACGAGAAGCUGCAGUGGACCAUUGAUGAAGAGGAGUUGAGGAAAUCCAUGUCGGAGCUGGCGGACGUUCGAACAGACUCCGCCUCCCACACCAUGAAACGGCUUGGGAGUAGCGGAAACCCGCUGGUGGGCGUGGCCCAUCAGGCCGAUGGUGAGCUGUACAAGAGCGGCUUCCUGGUGCGCAAAGUCCACGCCGACCCCGACGGGAAGAGAACGCCGCGGGGGAAGCGCGGGUGGAAGUCCUUCUACGCCAUGCUGAAGGGUAUGGUCCUCUACCUGCAGAAGGACGAGUACCGAGCUGAGAAGGAGCUGACGGAGGAGGACGUGAAGAACGCCGUAUCCAUCCAUCACUCUCUGGCCAUGCGGGCUGCCGAUUACAGCAAGAGGCCCAACGUGUUCUACCUGAGGACCGCCGACUGGAGGGUCUUCCUGUUCCAGGCCCCGAACGCCGAGCAGAUGCAGUCGUGGAUCACGCGCAUCAACGUGGUGGCGGCCAUGUUUUCGGCUCCCCCGUUCCCGGCCGCGAUUGGGUCCCAGAAGAAGUUCAGCCGUCCUCUGCUGCCGGGAUCCAACACUAAACUGUCACAGGAGGAGCAGGUCAAAUCUCACGAGAACCGUUUCAGGGCGGUGUCCUCUGAGCUGUCCGACCUCACUGCCUCCACGCCGGACCGAAAGGUGAAAGGUCGCGAGCUGGAGGAGCAGAAACUCCGACAGGAGUACCUGGAGUUUGAGAAAACCCGGUACGGUACGUACGCCAUGCUCCUUCGGGCCAAGCUGGCGAGCGGCGACGAGGACCUUUCCGCCUUCGAGGCUCGGCUGUUUGAUGACGGCGGCCUGCAGAGGGCGCACUCCAGCCCCUCGCUGCCCCAGGACACCGCCAACAAGGAAAAGACCCGCGGCUCCAAGACGUCAAAGAGCCUGAAGGUCACGUCCUCCUCGACCUCGACCUCCAAGGCCGGCGGCAGCAGCAGGGAGACGAGCAAGAAAAAGAACGGCGGCGGGAGCGGCCAGCGGGCGGAGCUGCAGAAACAGAGCAGCAAACAGGAAGAGGCGCCGUAACGGGGCGAGGACGGCGUCGUUCGCCUCCUGAUUGGCCGAGACAUUCGAGGUCCGCGGGAGAGGAGACCCCAGUCAGGACCGAGGGCAACCCGACGGGCGAGUCGUCCAGGAAACACUAACACGGUUCAUCGCUCAGCUGUCCCUUUAUUUCCCAUCAGCCUCAGCAGGAACGGACAGCUGCAGACUUUCAGAAUAAAAGCUUUACUUCCUGUUGGGGCGUGAGUAACCGCUCGGCUUCCAGCUGCAGCGGGAACUUUUUAUUUUAGUCCUCGCCGCCGCCGCUCUGCUUCUCCCAUUAACCCACGGGGGAGCAGGUUGCCAUGUCGACGGUAUGUGACGGACAGAGUGCGUGGGACUGUUGCCAUGGCAACCGAGCAAAGGGGACAAAAGAGCGAGAGAUGAACGAACGAACAAACAAACAAACAAACAAAGAGAGCGGCCACACAGGAACGCCGAACCUCCUCUUCCUCUGCACUCCACUGAGUGUGUGUGAGUGUGUGAGCGAGCUCGUGUGUGUGUGUGUGUGUGUGUGAGCGAGCUCGUGUGUGUGUGUGCACAGUAAUCACAGUAGUGCUGCGUUGAUGUGUAAACGCAGCCUGAACAUGCUGGAUGGAGACGGGUUUUUGGUUUUUCCGACUUCUGCUGGAAAAAAACAGGCUGUACGGAAGACCAUUAGUGACCAAAAUCUGCUGAGUGAACAAAAUAAAACUUCAUGAGAUCACUCUGCAGGGAGCCAGGUGUCUUAUUUAUUCAGAUUUUUGAUGUUUUGUUGUUUGUACUGCUUUAAAAUCUUUAACUUUAAAAACCACAAGUUAAAUAUCUCAGUGUGAACUUUUAAAUAAAAAUAUGAGGAUAAAUCCUGGAGCCUGUUCAAUCUUACAUGAGUUAAUUCUAAAUGUUAAGAGAGAAAUUUUGGAAAAUCGAGCAUUUUUUUGUGCGAGUAUGUUUAAGUUUUUUCUCUUGUUGGAAAAGUCAGAUUUGUUUUGCAGCUGGUUUCACUCUGUGGGUUUUGUCACUAAUGGGCUUCCAUAGUUUUCUGUGUGUGCUGGAGUCCAUCCACCUCAUCUUCAUGAGGACGAUGUUCUUCUUCAUGUAAAUCUCAUUUAACACGUUUGUAAAGUGCUGUGGACCAAACACAGGUGACAGGUGGAUCUGGUCACAUGACUGUAUGAGAGGAGGAGCUGAGAGUUAUUAUUGUGUAAACCUUUCUUGUUGUUGACGUCCAGGAAGAACCACCUGACAGUUUUCUGUUAAAGAUACGUUUGUUUCUUCAUCAAAUCCUGAGCAGCGUGCUGAUGUGUUCAGUAGCAGUUUCCUCUUUCAGCCACCAGGGGUCGCCAGAGUGCUGUUAGCGUCCACCAACAUGUUCUUCACUGGUAGAGGUCGCCGUCCCCACGUCGUCAGUCAGCGUGUUAAUGUGACAGCGUGGUCUCGUCUGAGAUCAACGCUGUGUGGAAAUGUUGUUUCAGACUUUCAGAGUUCAGAUUACAGCCCAGAGCGUCUCUGUUACCGUGACUUAAAACGAGACGUGCCAAAAACUGAACACUAGUCCUGAAUCACAGCGCUGAUGGAUGUGUUCAACCAGAGGGAUCUAAUCUGCUCUGUUUACAUCCAGGUUCUGAGAAUAUGAUAAAUAAUCUACACAAUCCUAACGUUUCCCUCUGAUCCUGUUCAGUGGGUCCUCUUUUAAUCCUGAAAUAAGUGCUGACCUUUAUUUUUUAGACAGAAAAACUGUGACUUCAGGUGGAUUUGAAUAUUGGCACUCUGUCUUCUGUACCUCAGCAGGUCUGAAGCUCAGGAACAGGAAGUUGGGUUUUUUAUGUAAAGCUGCAGUGUUUGCACGAUGCUGCUCAUCAGGCUGAGAGUGACGGGAUGGCCUCCAGGUGGCAGCAGAGGAUCAUUGUUGAACUCUAACGUCAGGGAAAGGCUCUGAGGCUCGUUUCUGCCACUGUUGGCCACGUAAUGCUGGAACCGCAGACAUCGUCUGUGGAGGAAACUCGAGGCUGUGGGGAAAAAAAGAUGAAACGGCAGCUUCCACACUGGAAUCAGACAAAACGUUCUGGAUGAUUAUCUCCAGGAAUUAGCCUCGUACAAGCUGGAAACAACGAGCAUCUCCACGCCAUGUUUCAGCUGCAGGUACAACGCCACAGAGGGAACAUUUCAAAGGUACCGAACAGAAAUCAGUCCUUUGUGAACCUUUUUACCUCAUAACGUGAAACCUGGGUCAGUGGGAGUCUUUAUGUGACUGAAAACAAACGCUUUUAAGUAUUCUGGACACAAGAAGUCCGCUCAGUUUAAGCUGGCGUGUUUGGAAAAACCUGAAUCCUGAAUUCAUUCCGAGUUUUAACCUGCAUUGUGUCUAAUGUCCAGCAGGUUUCGGCUUGUAUAGAAGUGAACUUGUGGUCUCAGUCGCAGCUUUCAGGUCUUCGUUAAUAAAACAUUCACUCAUUGUAGUCCUGUUGCAGUCAGAGAGGAGCAGGGAGGAGUCGGCGUCCAAAAACCUGCAGCGGGAGCUGCUCCUGUCGGACCUCCUGUCCGUGUUUGAGGUUUGCUCCCCUCGCCUCCUCGCAGUUCCUGACGUGAGGCUGAGGGCGUCUGUGGCAUCAGCUAAAAGAGCACUGAUGUAGAGCUGUGAUUGGUCCAUAUCAGGACCACAGCCCGUAGUUAAAAGAUGGACGGCGCUCUGGGGAACGACUCCUGUUUGGGGCACUUUAGAGGAACUGCGGCUCUGAAUUGUUCGGCUCGGUCGCGACGUUCUCUGAUUCCUGAAGAGUCAGGAUCAGUUUGAAAAUCCAUCCUUCAGCUUCUUCUCUUCAUCUCCAACAUCAACACGCUGACGGCUGCAGGAAUCAUUUUUCCAUAUUUAGAUACAGCGUGAUCUUUUGGAUUAGGAUGAAGAGCUGCAUGAGGAGGAGGUCGGGGUGGAUGGAGGGUGAACAAAGCCCUCGGGUCUUCUGAGCUCUGGUUGAGGCUCAGGAAACCAUUUUGGUUCAGUGUAAAUAAAACGUUUGUGGGUUUUUCCUGAGCCUGGACCGGGAGCCGCGUGCAGGUGACCGCCAGGCGGCAGGAUUUGGGUCGGCGAUGCCGUGGAUCUCCAGCCUUGCGGAGAAGUCGCUGCUUCGCCUCCGGCUGCUGGCUUUUCUCGUUUCUGAUCCCGCGGUGCCGACUCCUAUUUAUCUCCCACAUAUCCCGUAACACUCUGUGUAUUUCCGCACUGUGCAACGUGAAGCAGCAUAGGAUGACUUUGUGUGAGCGUCGCGGCCGCUUUCAGCUCUUUGUCUGUGUCCUGUAAAUAAAUGUACGCAUUAACCUCGAGAAGCCAUAUCGUAGUUGGGCUGGACGCCUAGCUAGCGCUCGCUGCAUUUUAGAGCACUUUGGUUUAGAUAUUUUAGAUAUUUUAGAGUGACGCAGAGGUUGAGCCUCUUUAGAGAGGCGGUGCCAACCGGUUAAUUUAUUCUGCUCGUCUCUCGAAGGACGACAAACUAGUUCCUGUGAAAACUUGCUUUGUUUUUGGGCUUUGCUGCGGCCUGAAUGUUCGUUGCCGGCUCACCGAUCGGUAUCUGUACAUACGCUGUCACUUCCUGUGAGGUUUGGUAUUAGUGAAACACAAACAACUUGUUUGUAUCAUCCUGAAAGCUUCGAGGCAAAAAAUAAAGAGAUUUUCAAAAGAA